UGUUUUUGCCGGUCCUUUGAAAGUCUCGCGAUAGUUCUCCCGCUUCCCAUAACUCCGUGCGCUCUCCCCUCCCGUUCCCUUUCCGCCAUCUUUCCGCGCCGCCACAAUGGUGCGCAUGAAUGUCCUGGCUGAUGCUCUCAAGAGCAUCAACAAUGCCGAAAAGAGAGGCAAACGCCAGGUGCUUAUUAGGCCGUGCUCCAAAGUCAUCGUCCGGUUUCUCACUGUGAUGAUGAAGCAUGGUUACAUUGGCGAAUUUGAAAUCAUUGAUGAUCACAGAGCUGGGAAAAUUGUUGUGAACCUUACAGGCAGGCUAAACAAGUGUGGAGUGAUCAGCCCCAGAUUUGAUGUGCAACUCAAAGAUCUAGAAAAAUGGCAGAAUAACCUGCUUCCAUCCCGCCAGUUUGGUUUCAUUGUACUGACAACCUCAGCUGGCAUCAUGGACCAUGAAGAAGCAAGACGAAAACACACAGGAGGGAAAAUCCUGGGAUUCUUUUUCUAGGGAUGUAAUACAUACAUUUACAAAUAAAAUGCCUCAUGGACUCUGGUGCUUCCA